CCACAAUUAAUUUCGCUAUAUGUUUCUAUAUAUAUCAAAAUGAGAUUGAGCAACACCAAAAUGUGAUUGAGCAAUAUCAAAAUGUGAUUGAGCAACACCAAAAUGAGAUUGAGCAAUAUCAAAAUGUGAUUGAGCUGGUAUUUUACACAGGUACCCCCAAACAGAAACCCCUAAUACAAAUACUGUAGUUACAUAUAUAACACUAUAACAUAUCUAACGCUAAUGUUUGGGGAUACCUGUGGUAUUUUACACAGAUACCCCCAAACAGAAACCCCUAAUACAAAUACUAUAAUUACAUAUAUAACACUAUAACAUAUCUAAAGUUAAUGUUUGGGGAUACCUGUGGUAUUUUAGUUACAUAUGAAGAGUUCAGGCGCAAAAACCGACAAACGCCAUUUUGGUCGAAAAUAAACCAUGGCGACCAUUACAUAGUACUGGUGCCGUAUUUACUGACAGCAUAUCUGUUUCUUUGCAAAAGCCGACACCUACUUCAUAAAACCCACAACAAUUCCAUGAUUCGUUUCAGAAACCGACAAGUGACUGGUAUCAUUUUUCGCAAAUACCGACAACUCCAUUUAUCCAAUCUAUACGCCGUAAUUAGUCACGUGAUUCAACAUGGCAGCGCCCAGGAUCCCUCUCAUUACUCACUAAAGUUUCUACGUAUUUUAUCGAAAAUGUCCUUUAAUAAUGGAGAACUUUGAUGACAUUGACGAGACAGUGGUAUUAUCACCAAUUGGGCGUAAACGGGAGAACAAUUCAGGCAAUUCUGGACGCUCCCUUGCAAAAAACGCGCGACAUAGUGGUGCUGAAAAACUUGCUAGCAUUUCUUGUGUACAUAAUGUACGUAAUGUGUGCUUGGCGACUUCCCUGUCCAAUGAUGAUUUAACCUACGCACAUGAUCGGUUAUAUUCUACUGAAAACAAGGUUACUCAGGAUGCCACCCUGCUUUCUUACAUGGAUAUCGGUAAAUGUGUGCGGAGGCGACCAAGGAUAGACGAUUCUUCUAAAAUUAAGAGGAAUAGAGAAAUUUCAGUGAAGUACUUCACUUUGACUGCAAACAAAGAGAAGAUACCAGUGUGCAAGGCCUCAUUCAUGAGCAUUUUCGGUGUCAAGAAAGAUCGGUUAGCGAAUAUUGCCAAAUAUUGGUCAGAGAAUGGAGUUGCGAGACCAGAACAUCGUGGAGGUGUGCGAAAUGUGGAGAGGAACCUUGCCAGAAAGCAUGCCAUUCGUGACCACAUCACAACGUUCACUUGUCGAGCUAGCCAUUAUGCUCGGCGUGGCGCCCCUGGCCGGAAAUACUUACCCAGCCGACCUGAACGUCAAAAAGAUGCACCAAAUGUUUCAGGAUCAGAAUAAUUUACAGAUAUCGUAUUCACUAUACUACAGUGUUUUUGUCUACGAUUUCAACUUGGCCUUUGGUCAUCCUGCUGUGGAUAUAUGCAGCACAUGCCUGAAGUUCAGGCUACAGCUGAAGAACCCAUUCAUCACAGAUGAUAAUAAACGGAAUUGUUCGGCCAUGUUCAUUCUUCACAGGCGUAUGGCAAGGAGAUUCUAUGACAGUUUAAAUAAUGUCGAGGAUUCAUUCACCGUUUGUUUUGAUAUCAUGGAGAAUCUUGUUCUUCCGAAGUCUCCCAUAGGACAAACCUUCUAUUCUCGGCAGCUCUACCUCUAUGUUUUUGGUGUAGUUCACCACCGCGGCCGAGGUCUUCCACAGGGAAAAGAUGACAUUCACCUAUACAUAUGGUUAGAAAGCCAGAACCGCAAGGAUAGCAAUAUGGUGGCUUCAGCCUUAAACCAUUUUUUCAUUUCUGUUGUGGGGGACCAACUGAAAAGGAAUCAACACUUGCGCUUGUUUUCAGACUCCUGCUAUGGCCAAAAUAAAAACAUCAAUGUUUUGUCGAUGCUGUGUGCUAUGCGAAAACAGAACUUUCCACAGCUGAGCAUCGAAUACACAUUCCCUGUCCGAGGCCACAGUUUUCUUCCAGCAGAUAGGGUAUUCGGGAGGAUCGAGCAAGACAUUAGGAAAAAUAAUACUAUUCUCCUACCUGAUGAGUAUGUUGCUAUUCUAAACAAACACGGCAAAGUACAUGAGUAUUGUACAGAUUGGCAAUGUCGCGAUUUCAAGACAGCUGCAGCAGCGCAUUGCAAGUCCCAGAGGUCCUUCAAGAUCAGCGACGCCAAGGUCCUACGCAUCAAUUCGGAUCAAGUUGGUUUCAAGCACGUCUAUGGUGGUGACUUUUGUGAACACGUUAUUCUCAAGAAGGGUAGAAAAUGGGAGAACUUCAAGCCAGCCAUCACUCCCAUGGUCAACUGUGUGAAGCCUGCCAAGAAAGUUGAUGUCCUCAAACUUAUUGAUGAGAUUGGUGCAGCUGACACUGUCCGGAUCUUUUAUGAGAAUAUCUUCGCCGAUGUCGGCCAGCGUGACAUUGGCAGACAGGACCUCGAGGAAAGCAGUGAUGAGGACUGAACUGUCAUUGGUUGGUUUCAAGCCAGUGCUACAUUAUAUCCUACUGGAACUUUGUGUGGCGAUACUAGUCACAAACUGUAUAAACCUUAAGAACCUUGACUCUCUUUCAUGGCGGUGAUUAUUCCUUUGUAGUUAAUAUCAAUCUGAUUAGAUUUCUAGUCAUAUGAAUGUUUGUUUCUUCCAGGACCUCUUGUUUUGUUAGAUUAAUACUGAUUUAUGUUGAAUAUUGAAUAACAGUCAUAAUAUUUGCCAUUUUUAACAUAUUUGUGUACUUUGAAACAUAUAAUGUUUCGACCAUUAUUUGAAGAAAAAAAAUGUAUGGAUUUGUCUGUUUUUGCCGUAAAACGGAAUCAAAAACUACAUUUUUCUACUUUAUUAAUAAAUUAAUAUUUUUGAAAUUCUGUCCUUGGUUUACUUCACUUAUAACAAUUCAGAAUCACCCUAUACUAAACUGAUAUGCUUAACCUAGAAAGCACACCAAAAAAACCUCUUUUACAGAAAAUGAUCAAAAUGGAUUUGUCUGUUUUUGCAUCUGAACUCUUCAUAUAUAACGUUACUAUAACAUAUCUAACGUUAAUGUUUGGGGGAUACCUGUGGUAUUUUACACCGAUAACCCCAAAUAGAAACCCCUAAUACAAAUACUGGGGAUACCUGUGGUAUUUUAGAAGCUGAAAACAAAUUGGAUGUUGUGUUGGGAAUCGGUCAUGAUUUCAUCCGACAUCUUCAGCAGCUUGCACCAACCAAUCAACUUUACAUUAUACAAUCAGUUAGAAUUUUAUGAACUCAAAGAUAUGAAUUCACAGAACAAGCACCGAUCGCCAUGGUAACUGGGACAAACCAUACAAAUCAUUCGUUUUACCUUUAUCAUCUAUUCAAUAUCGGUAUUCUUUACAUUCAUAUAGAAACAAACACAAAUCCCAAGAAUAUUUAUACCAAUUCCAUCAUCUGAACUGUAGGGAAAAUUAUGGUUAACAUUUUCCACGACAAUCAAUUACAAAAAUUAUAAUCGAGAGCUACAUCUGAUAAAUGUUAAAAAAUAAUCAAUCAAUAACAGAUCACUGUCAGACAAUAUUGUUAUAAACGCCCCCGAUUGCGAAACUCACAAUGAAUAGUUAAUGGUGUUUCCAUUAGCAGCAAGGGAUCUUUUUAUAUGCACCAUCCCACAGACAUGAUAGCACAUACCACGGCCUUUGAUAUAUCAGUCGCGGUGCACUGGCUGGAGCGAGAAAUAGCCCAACUGGCCCACCAACAGAUUCUGAAUGGAUAACCUGGUGUACAUCAGAAUAGUGUUCCAAUAAAGUCAUACAGUUCAACUAGUGAAGGGUUAAAGCUUUCAGGAAAGCCGAGCAACCUGACAAUGCAGCAGUAGACAUCUUGGCCUGGGAAACUACAGCAGUAGAUUCAUUAUCAGAACCAGUAUGAAGAUUGUCAUAGAGGAAUCUGCAGGCCUAUGUCAUAGGUCCAACCAGUGAACAGGUCAAAGAUUGUUAAAAGAAGAAUGUGCAGACCGUAAUAUUUUAAAAUAUUAGGCGAGUGAUAAAUCACUCUCCUCAUAAGCCCUAGGCGAGUGAUAUAUCACUCCCCUCAUAAGCCCCAAGUGAGUGAUAAAUCACUCCCCUCAUAAGUCCCAGGAGUGAUAAAUCACUCUCCUCAUAAGCACCAGGUGAGUGAUAUGUGUUCCAUAGGACCACUAAGAGUAAAGCUUGCACACAUUAACAAAACAAAAAGAAGUUUUGAAUAGAAAACAUUGGUUUCAAAGACAAUCAGAUGAAUGUAUAGCUGACUCGUAUGAAAAAAAAGAAGUUUGUUUCUUUUGUUUAACAACAUCACUAGAGCACACUAAUUUAUUAAUCAUCGGCUACUGGAUGUCAAACAUUUGGUAAUUCUGACAUACAGUCUUCGGAAGAAAACAGACAUACCACAGCCUUUGUUAUACCAGUUGUGGAGUACUGGCUGGAGCGAGAAAUAGCCCUAUGGACCCACUGACGGUGCACUGUACCAUUGAUCUACGUUCCGCCUCCUCGGCUAUUGGAUGUCAAACAUUUGGUAAUUCUGACAUAUACAUGUAGUCAUAGACUGAAAAGCUGCUACAUUUUUCCAUCAGUAGCAAGGGAUCUUUUAUAUGCACCAUCCG